UUAGUACUUGCACAUUAUUGACAUUGAAUUGCAUAUACAAUUCAAUUAAACACAAAUCCAAUUAGCGCACAUUUCGACUGACGAGUUUGUUACAGUCGGCAUCAUGGAUGCGGAGCAGCUGAAACAACUUGAACGCAAGGAUACCGCUCACAUCGCUGACAUACUCAGCCAGUUUAAUACAAAGAAUGCGGAUCUUCUGACCUUCGAUAGCUUUCAUACGGACAACCUAUGGCAUGACCUGUGGCUGGCUAUAUUCGGCAUCCUCGAUGACGCGACCCUGCAAUCGGUGCACGCCCAAUGUCUCAACACUGUUCGCAUUUUGACACGCGAUGAGUUCAGCCUGCAGACGCACUUCGUCGAGCAGGAGCUGGGCACGCUCUUAUCACUGGCGCGCAUCAAUGCCAGCAGCAAUGAGGAUGGUGCACAGCCACAGCUUGACGAUGCCCAGGCGGAGGUUAUUGCCGAGGCUUUGAAAUGCCUGUGUAACUUGGUGUAUCAAAGCGCCGACUGCCGGCGCCAGUGUCUGCGUCAGCACAGUCUCGAUGUGCUUGUAAAGCGCUUGGGCACCGCCUCAUCGACACGUUAUCCUUGCACUUUGGAAUACUAUGAUAUGAAGCUGUUGUUUUUGCUUACCGCAUUGGAGCCAACAGCGCGCACACGCCUACAAAUUGAUCUCAAUGGACUGACUUACAUGACGAAAUGGUUGGACGACAAGUUGGCGGAUUCUGCCACAGCUGCCAGCGAGGAGCAGCUAAACAUAAUCUGUGAGCUGCUGAAGGUUAUGUUUACGGUGACCAGUGCGCCGGACAAGAGCCCCAACGAAUACGAAAUUCAAAGUCUUCAUCUGACAGGCGUUCUGCGGGAACUGCUAUUGCGGUUUGGCAGGCUAUCCACAGAACGGGAACGCGCCAUUGUGACACACGCAAUUAAUUUGCUGACCAACAUAUCGGACAGCUGCCUAACCGAGCUGACGCUCAAGUGUAACUCAGCGGACACGGAAACGGAGAGUGUGAAAGAGUGUACCGUUGCAUCUGGUACUACAGAGCCGCAGCCGGCCUCGAAAUGCUGUGCCCUGUGCUUUGAGAAGCGCAACGUGCGCAGCCUGGCGGUGCUGUUAGACUAUCUGCGUGGUGGACUCGCCCAGCAAGAGACAGAGGCCAGCUCCCACGAGCUGCUGUCCCCAGUGCUGACGGUGCUGGUGAAGUGUGCACGCAGCGAUCGCACCAUGCGACACUAUUUGCGAAAGGAGAUCCUACCGCCACUGAAGGACGUCAGCAAGAGGCCAGAGAUUGGCAAUGAGCUACGCAACCAUCUCUGUCGUUUUCUCACGCUGCCUGCCAUGAUUCUGCGGGACCUGGCCGCUGAGCUACUAUUCAUACUAUGCAAAGAGGAUGUCGGUCGCAUGAUCAAGUACACGGGAUAUGGCAAUGCGGCUGGCUUGUUUGCCAAACGCGGCGUACUCGACUGCCGGCGUAUUGAGGGCGCCGACUACUCGUCGGACAGCGAGGACAGCGAUACGGAGGAGUACAAGCAACAACAGCAGAGCUUCAAUCCGGUGCUCGGCUGUGUAGAGCAGCCCAAGCGUAAUCCGCUCGAGGGCAUGACCGAGGAGCAAAAAGAGUACGAGGCGUUGCAGCUGGUCAAUUUGUUGGAAAAGCUGCGCAAGGAUGGCAUCGUGCAGCCGGCGCUUAUUGACAAGGAUGGCAAACCACAGCCACUGGAGCACAUACUACAGCUACAGGAGGAGCUGCCCCAGCAGCAGCUGGAGCAGAAGCGAAAAACCUAAGCAACGUAACGCAUCGAUUCGCGUACAACAUGCAAAACAAUCGUCGUUGGGGUCUUCCAAAUUGUGGCCACAUCGCCUCCCAGUCUGCCAGAUCUGGAUCACUGCAACCCCUUUCUCACCUUAUACAUACACAAUUCUCGGCCGUAGCACUACGAAUGCCGUUUCAAUCUAAUAGUCAAAUUUAACUUAGUUUUUUAUUUUUCUGUGUAAUAUUUAAGCGCAUUGUUAUUCCAGUAUUUACAUUUGCUAACAGGCAGUGCUAGAUAGAUACACGGUUGGCUUUUAUAUAAAUAUAUAUAUAUAUAUGUAUAUAUAUAUAUUCCACUUUUAUUGUAUCUGCAAGUGAAUUUUUCAUUUAUCUUGAUCGAAUGUGUAUUUAUACCCGCUUAAGCUCAACACCAACUAAAAUGGAAGAAUGAGAAAAAUCAGACCUAAGAAUAUAAGCUAUAUAUAUAUCAUUCUUUAGGCAUACAUUGCAAUCUAUAUAGAGCUUUAUUGUGUUCAAUUUUGAUAGUCAAUGGGGCUUAGUUGCCUACAGAUUUGCGACUAGCGAUAUAUAUACAUAAAUAUAUCUAGCAUAUAGAUGAUAUAUAUUUACUAAAUACAUGUACUUAUAUUUGCUGGUACUAAAUUACGUAUAUGCUUAAUAAAAGUUCUCUGUGAAAGCAAAGUUGCAAGAAAAUGAAAUCCCCUUAAA